AUCAGCAUACCCAAUCAGUCACUGAGGCUGACUACUGCUCUCUAGGAGGAACUGCAGAGAGAUUCCUAGUGUCCACCCUAUUAUCAGGCAAUACUGGCAACUCUCAGAUAGGUUCAUCUCUUGCCCAAGCUGCAGGCUUCUUCUGGUUCCUGGGUGAACAGGCUCAGCCCACCUUUCUUCCACCUUGCCAUGGCCAACGUCACACUGAAGCCGCUCUGUCCACUCUUGGAGGAGAUGGUCCAGCUUCCAAACCACAGCAACUCUAGCCUCCGCUACAUCGACCACGUGUCGGUGCUGUUGCACGGGCUGGCCUCGCUGCUGGGCCUGGUGGAAAACGGACUCAUCCUGUUUGUGGUGGGCUGUCGCAUGCGCCAGACGGUGGUCACCACCUGGGUGCUGCACCUGGCGCUGUCCGACUUGCUAGCCGCCGCCUCCCUGCCUUUCUUCACCUACUUCCUGGCAGUGGGCCACUCGUGGGAACUAGGCACUACCUUCUGCAAGCUACAUUCCUCGGUCUUCUUCCUCAAUAUGUUUGCCAGCGGCUUCCUGCUCAGUGCCAUUAGCCUAGACCGCUGCCUGCAGGUGGUGAGGCCAGUGUGGGCACAGAACCACCGCACGGUGGCGGUCGCGCACAGAGUCUGCCUGAUGCUCUGGGCUCUGGCGGUGCUCAACACAAUACCAUAUUUCGUGUUCAGAGACACCAUCCCGCGGCUUGAUGGCCGCAUCAUGUGCUACUACAACUUGCUGCUCUGGAAUCCAGGGCCUGACCGCGACACCACGUGUGACUACCGCCAGAAGGCCCUGGCGGUCAGCAAAUUUCUUCUGGCCUUCAUGGUACCUCUGGCCAUCAUUGCCUCGAGCCACGUGGCCGUGAGCCUGCGACUGCACCACCGUGGUCGCCAGAGGACAGGCCGCUUCGUGCGCCUGGUGGCGGCCAUCGUGGUGGCCUUCGUGCUCUGCUGGGGGCCCUACCACAUCUUCAGUCUGCUGGAGGCGCGUGCCCAUUCUGUCACCACGCUACGGAGGCUCGCGUCACGUGGGCUGCCCUUUGUCACCAGCCUGGCCUUCUUCAACAGCGUGGUCAACCCACUGCUCUAUGUGUUCACAUGUCCCGACAUGUUGUACAAACUGCGGCGCUCACUACGCGCGGUGCUUGAAAGCGUGCUGGUGGAAGACAGCGACCAGAGUGGUGGGCUCCGCAAUCGCCGCCGCCGCGCCUCCUCCACCGCCACCCCAACCUCUACCCUCCUGCUGGCUGACCGACUUCCCCAACUGCGUCCAAACCGCUUGAUCGGCUGGAUGAGGCGUGGCAGUGCAGAGGUCCCACAGAGGGUCUGAGCGGUCCCUGGAGAAGCAGGGCUCAUUGAGCUGUACUUUGGAUUAGACCGGCACAGCCCAGAUGACAUGCCAACACAUUCUGGGUCUCUCUCUUGAAACCCAGUUAAAAAU